AUGAACAUGGAUCUGUUCAGGAAGUGCAUGGAGCCUGUGGAGAAGUGUUUGAGGGACGCAAAGAUGGACAAGAGCACUGUGCACGAUGUUGUCCUUGUUGGUGGUUCCACUAGGAUUCCCAGAGUGCAGCAGCUUCUCCAGGACUUCUUCAAUGGCAAGGAGCUUUGCAAGAGCAUCAACCCUGAUGAGGCUGUUGCCUAUGGAGCAGCUGUCCAGGCUGCCAUCUUGAGCGGAGAGGGCAACGAGAAGGUCCAGGACCUGCUGCUGUUGGAUGUCACUCCUCUUUCCCUUGGUCUGGAGACAGCCGGGGGUGUGAUGACAGUCUUGAUCCCAAGGAACACAACCAUCCCCACCAAGAAGGAGCAGGUCUUCUCCACCUACUCGGACAACCAGCCUGCACCCAGGGGAGUUCCCCAGAUCACGGUCUGCUUUGACAUCGACGCCAAUGGUAUCCUGAACGUGUCUGCUGAGGACAAGACGACCGGGCAGAAGAACAAGAUCACCAUCACCAACGACAAGGGCAGGCUGAGCAAGGAGGAGAUUGAGAAGAUGGUCCAGGAGGCUGAGAAGUACAAGUCAGAGGAUGAGGAGCACAAGAAGAAGGUGGAGUCCAAGAACGCCCUGGAGAACUACUCGUACAACAUGCGCAACACCAUCAAGGACGAGAAGAUAGCCUCCAAGCUGCCGGCGGAUGACAAGAAGAAGAUCGAGGAGGCCAUCGACUCUGCCAUCCAGUGGCUGGACACGAACCAGCUCGCUGAGGCCGAUGAGUUUGAGGACAAGAUGAAGGAGCUGGAGGCCCUGUGCAACCCCAUCAUCGCCAAGAUGUACCAGGGUGCUGGCGCCGACAUGGAGGGCGGAAUGGAUGACGACACCCCAGCUGCAUCUGGCGGUGCUGGACCCAAGAUCGAGGAGGUCGACUAA